GGGACUCCCCCUAGCGGAGCGAGGAGCCUUCGAUGGGGGGAGGCCCAGUCCUCGGGAAAAAGGGAGAGAGAGAGGCUCAUAUUGGAGCCAACCAGCUGCGCUUCUGAGUGGGAAACUCUGGACUGAUCUCAUGGCUUGCUUUUUUAUUUCAUUAAUACUUCAUUAUCUCUGAAAAUGAACCUUUUGUGAAGCUCGUCUCCUAACUCUCCUUAUUCCUCUUUCACGAGGUGGCUGCUGUGCAAAGGAAGAAAUGGCAUGAAGUAAAUGACUCCAGUAUAAAGCAAUCUGCUUUGCCAAAGUGCCCAGUGAGCAGCACUGUCACUUUAAUAAUUCCAGGUCAAGGGAUUGCUUUCCUCGUUUUCAAUCCUCUCUCUUAAUACAUGGGAGGAUCAGAGGUCCAUUAAAGACCAUAAGGCUGGGUGGCUUACAGAUAAUAAAAAUGAAAGUGACUGGCCAGUGACUUCUGUUGGGUAAGAGGGUGAUAUUUGAAGGCUGUUGUCUGGUGAGGAAAAAGGGACCUUUUCAGUCUGCUGUGUAGUCACCUAAUACAUAGCUAGCAGAAUUCAUUCAAGAAGUGAAAGAAGUUAAAGAGUCACUUUGGAUUGUUUUUGUCUUCCUCCUUAUUUGGAUUAUUUGGGCGUUCUUGUCCUGCAAAUAAUAUGUUUUUGAGCAUGUACAGGUGGAGUAUUAAGACAGCUGCCUAGAGAUGGACUGUGCCUUAAUUGUAUUACAUAAAAUCUUUUAAUUUUCAAACUUUGCUGCCAGAAGAGGAGUUAUAAUAAGGUUUUAUAUUGCCAAGGAACAUUUUCUCUUGUAUUUUUAUAGAGCCAAAUAUAUUUUAAAGAAAUUGAAAACAUCUCUUAAAAAAAAUCAAAAAGCUUCUUUUUUUCCCUUUUUUUCUUAUUUGUGGGAAGCAUCGGAAGUCCAAUACAAGAAAACAGCAAGUAUUGAUAGAAAUGAAGAUUGAAGCUGCAUUUCCUAACUGAACUGUAAAAGUGUUUUGCAAUAGAUAGCCAAUUCCUGACCUCGCAGAGUGUUCCAGUAGUACAUCGUUAAUACCUGUAAAUAAGUGCUUGCAACCAGAUUCAGAAGUAGGAAGAAGAAUGCCAGUCAAGAAGAAAGAUACUGACCGAGCUUUAGUGCUGCUGGAAGAAUAUUGUAAAAAACUAAGGAAGCCAGAAGAGCAACAACUGAAAAAAGCCAUCAGAAAGGUGAUGGGCAUCUUUAAGAGCAGCUUGUUUCAGGCACUUCUAGAUAUUCAAGAGUUUUAUGAAGUGACACUGCUGAAUUCCCAGAAAAGCUAUGAGCAAAAAAUAGAAGAAGCAAAUCAAGUUGCAGAGAAAUGGGAGAAGACAACAUCUGCUACAGACCAUGAAAAUCUGCAGAAAAACCAAAAGUCUGCAGCUUCCAAUGGAUCAGAAGGAUCUGGACAGUGUGGUGAACACAAUAAGGAGAACCAGACUUUUGAAAAUUAUGUGGUAGACAUGAAGACAAAGCAGAGCCAUGGCAGAUGCCCAUCCCACAAAUGCUCAGUCGAAACACCUGCCUGGAUACCCAUUCAGCACUCUACCAAAGGCCAAGAGGAAGAAAAUCCCACAGGUAGAGGCCUUCAGCUGGGACCUUUUCCUGAAAUGGAAUGGACUAAUGCACAGAAAUAUCGUUAUCAAGAUGAGGACGCUCCACAUGAUCAUACUUUGCCUCGAUUAACCCACGAAGUGAGAGGCCCAGAGCUUGUUCAUGUGUCAGAGAAGAACUUGUCUCAAAUAGAGAAUGUCCAUGGAUACGUCUUACAGUCGCACAUUUCUCCUUUGAAGGCAAGCCCUGCCCCUAUAAUUGUCAACACAGACACCUUGGACACAAUCCCUUAUGUCAAUGGAACAGAAAUUGAGUAUGAAUUUGAAGAAAUUACUUUGGAGAGGGGGAAUUCUGGCCUGGGGUUCAGUAUUGCUGGAGGAACAGAUAACCCACACAUUGGGGAUGAUCCUGGGAUAUUCAUUACUAAGAUUAUACCAGGAGGAGCUGCAGCAGAGGAUGGAAGACUCAGGGUCAAUGAUUGCAUCUUGCGAGUGAAUGAGGUCGACGUGUCAGAAGUCUCACACAGCAAAGCCGUGGAGGCCCUAAAAGAGGCUGGCUCCAUAGUACGAUUGUAUGUUCGUCGAAGGAGACCUAUUCUGGAGACCGUGGUAGAGAUCAAGUUGUUCAAAGGACCUAAAGGUCUGGGAUUCAGUAUUGCAGGAGGGGUUGGAAACCAACACAUCCCUGGGGACAACAGCAUUUAUGUCACCAAGAUUAUUGAUGGAGGAGCUGCGCAAAAAGAUGGGAGGUUGCAGGUUGGAGAUAGACUUCUUAUGGUAAAUAAUUACAGUUUAGAAGAAGUUACCCAUGAAGAGGCAGUAGCGAUACUGAAGAACACAUCAGAUGUAGUGUAUCUGAAAGUUGGAAAGCCCACCACCAUUUACAUGACCGAUCCAUAUGGCCCACCAGAUAUUACUCACUCUUAUUCUCCACCAAUGGAAAAUCAUAUACUCUCUUCUGGAAACAAUGGCACUUUAGAGUACAAGGCAUCCCUGGCCCCUAUCUCACCGGGAAGAUACUCACCCAUUCCAAAGCACAUGCUUGUGGAGGAUGACUACACCAGGCCUCCUGAACCUGUUUACAGCACUGUGAACAAACUGUGUGAUAAACCACCUUCUCCUAGGCACUAUUCCCCUGUCGAGUGUGACAAAAGCUUCCUUCUUACAGCUCCCUAUCCCCACUACCACGUAGGCCUGCUCCCUGACUCUGAGAUCACCAGUCAUUCCCAGCACAGCACUGCAACGCGUCCACCCACAGUGAGCUUGCAGCGGACCAUUUCUGUGGAAGGAGAGCCUCGAAAAAUCAUCCUGCACAAGGGCUCCACAGGACUUGGUUUUAACAUUGUGGGAGGAGAAGAUGGGGAAGGCAUUUUCGUGUCUUUCAUCCUAGCAGGCGGGCCUGCCGAUCUCAGCGGAGAACUGCAGCGAGGAGAUCAAAUUUUGUCUGUGAAUGGUAUUGAUCUUCGAGGUGCUACCCACGAGCAGGCUGCAGCUGCGCUAAAAGGAGCAGGGCAGACGGUAACAAUCAUAGCACAAUACCAGCCGGAGGAGUACGCUCGGUUUGAGGCAAAAAUCCAUGACCUGCGUGAGCAGAUGAUGAAUCACAGCAUGAGUUCUGGGUCUGGCUCCCUGAGGACUAAUCAGAAGAGGUCACUGUAUGUCAGAGCCAUGUUUGACUAUGACAAGAGCAAAGACAGUGGCCUCCCAAGCCAAGGGCUCAGUUUUAAGUAUGGAGACAUCCUUCACGUCAUCAACGCCUCGGACGAUGAAUGGUGGCAGGCGAGGAGGGUCACUCUGGAGGGAGACAGUGAAGAGAUGGGAGUUAUACCCAGCAAGAGGAGAGUUGAAAGAAAGGAGCGUGCACGUUUGAAGACGGUGAAAUUCAACGCGAAACCUGGUGUAAUUGAUGCAAAAGGGUCAUUCAAUGACAAGCGUAAAAAGAACUUCAUCUUUUCACGAAAAUUCCCAUUCUACAAGAGCAAGGAGCAGAGUGAGCAGGAAACAAGUGAUCCAGAACAACAUGUUUCUUCUAAUGCCAGCGAUAGUGAAAGUAGCUACAGAGGACAAGAAGACUGCAUCCUUUCUUAUGAACCUGUCACCAGACAGGAAAUUAAUUACACCAGGCCGGUUAUUAUUCUGGGUCCUAUGAAAGAUCGGAUCAACGAUGAUUUGAUAUCUGAAUUCCCUGAUAAGUUUGGGUCAUGUGUACCACACACCACACGGCCAAAGCGUGACUAUGAAGUGGAUGGGAGAGAUUAUCAUUUUGUCAUUUCAAGAGAACAAAUGGAAAAAGAUAUCCAAGAGCACAAAUUUAUAGAAGCUGGGCAGUACAAUGAUAAUUUAUAUGGAACUAGUGUCCAGUCUGUGAGAUUCGUGGCAGAAAGGGGCAAGCACUGUAUACUUGAUGUGUCAGGAAAUGCUAUCAAACGACUACAAGUUGCACAACUCUAUCCCAUCGCUAUCUUCAUUAAGCCUAAAUCAUGGGAGCCUCUGAUGGAAAUGAAUAAACGUCUUACAGAGGAGCAAGCGAAGAAAACCUACGAUCGAGCAAUUAAAUUAGAACAAGAAUUUGGAGAAUAUUUUACAGCUAUUGUCCAAGGAGAUAGCUUAGAAGAUAUAUAUAAUCAAUGCAAACUUGUAAUUGAAGAACAAUCUGGGCCUUUCAUCUGGAUUCCUUCAAAGGAAAAAUUAUAAAUUAGCCACUGCACCUCUGAUUACGACGGGAGAAUAUUUAGAAGAAAACUAUAAUAUACUAUUUGGAGGCUUUCCUGUUUUUGUUGCAUUUAUGUUCUUUGCAGUCAAUGUGAAUUUUGAUGAAUGUACAACACAAAGUGUUUGAA